CGUCGUCGUUUUUUGCUCGCCGUUUGAUUCGCUUCCAAACACGUGAAAGGUGUUCCUCAUGGUGAAAGUGAUUUAGAUUCCCAUUUGGGUUUCUUAGAACGGUCGUCCCAGCGGUGGAAAAAGUCUAAAUUUAGGCGAUCGAUAAACUUCUGUUUUGACGUCCGUCCAGCAGCAUCCAAACUCUCCGCAGAGAGGAAGAAAACGGAUAAAGGAUGGCAAGGAAGUGUGCAUUUCUAAUUAAAAAUUAAAACUGAAUCGCCCGUGGUGCCGGAUACGGUGCGGAGGUGUGCGAAAGACAUGUAAAGGAUGUGAUUAGUGAAGGAAACCGGACUCAACCCUACGUCUUCCAGCUGUUUCUAAUGAAACAGCCUAGUAGUGGUGUUAAUUGUUAGUUAAAUGUAGGAAAUCAGAAAAGCAGUUUGGUAAAUCCAACGUCUUCCCCUAGUGUUAAGGAAAAGCAGUCUUCCAUAUUGCCUAGAGAUUUAGAGUAAGGAAUUUUAUACGAUAUGAAAAAGCUCUCCCCAGCGGAUAAAUUCCGCCGCAGAUUGGCUGCCAUGAAGAAGGCUACCAACAAGAGCAAAAAGGAUACGAAAUUCUUCGAGCAUGAUGUUCGGCUUAAUGAAGGCGAAACGGACGGUGAACCUCCAUUGAAUACCGAACAGGAAACCCCAGAUCCUCCGGAUAUCAUUCCGGAUUCGUCCACCAAUCCGGAAGAACCUCAUCCACCUCCGGUUGCCUCCGUUCCGAGUCCAACGUCUUCCGGAUCAUCCGCGGAACCGAAGAUGAAAUCGACGGUCUACGUUAAUCAAGCUCCCCGUAGCAAUAAUUACUUUAAGAAACGCAAAGCGCUGAUGAAUAACAAUAGGAAAAAGUUCCUGAAAAAGUUACGCCAAUUGCAGCACCUGCAGGCGCAUCACCCCGCGCUUUAUCUGCCUGCCGCUGGUGGUGGAUUCCGACAGUUGACGGCAGCGCUCCAUCAUGGUCCAACCGGGAAGCAGUGCUGCUGCCAGUGCGCAUGCACCACGAACAAUAAUCUCGAGCUACAACUCCAACACCACCCUCAUCGGCUGCAGCAAAGUCUUCCGCAACAACAACAGUACCAGCCGUCAACCGAUCGGGAAGCCUACACGGAAUCGUCCUCUCAACAACCACCGACCGGCACCGAUUUGGCACUGGUCAAGUCAUCCGACGGAGGCGAGGGCCCUCCAUUGGGCAUACCGAUACCAACCGCCGGAUUGCCAAAUCAAUUUGCCUACAAUCAUCAUCAUCACCCCAACAAUCAAUACUACCAUCGUCAUCGCCUGCCACCGCCGCCACCACCGUUGCAACAUCAGCAGCUUCUUCUGUCUCAAGGGCAGCGGUUUCAUCUUCAAAGGCGGCCACGACCACCGGCGUUAGGACGAGAGUCCUCGUGCUCUUCCUUCCGAGUGGCGGCUGCUGCAGUGCCCUACUGCACGAAAGAGAUGCACAGCGUUGUGAGCGUCCGGGAGACUCAUCACAUCGCCCAGGCCCAGCAGGAGAAGAAUGCCAAACUGCGCGAGGCAUUCGGCAUCUCGGAGUACUUUGUCGAGGGUACCAGCUUCGAUCAGGACCGCAAGGCGAAGGAAGACCACGCCAAGUCGGAAGCCCUGCAGAAGGAACUGGCCGAGAAGGACCGCGCCCGGGAAGCGGACAAGGCCAACCGGAAGCGCUACGCACUGGUGAGGACUCCAUCGCCGGAGAAGCAACACUCGUCGUCGUCGACGACGGUGGAAUCCAAUGGCAAAGGUGGUGGUGGUCAUCGGAAGCAUCGCGACGCAGGCAAACGCCGAGAUGAUGAUGGCAAUGAUGACGAUGACGAUGGAAACGCCAAUGGCGACGAUGACGAUGAUGAUGAUAACGGUGGGCGCAAGGAUGACAAGAAGAAACGCAAGAAGAAGAACCGUGAUGCAUCGUCCAGUCCCGAGCGCAAGAAGGACAAGAAGAAGAAGUCCAAGAAAAACAAGAAAGAAAGAUCGAAGAAGAAGCACUCGAAGCGUUCGCACCACCGGGAUGGCAGCGAAGCGCCCUCGGAUUCGGACUCGGACUCGGACAACAGCUCCGGAGCGGAGGAUUCGCACUCGGACCACGACGGAGGUGGCAAACGCCGCAAACGGGCUUCCCGGAAAGACAAGAAGAAGAAGAGCUCUAAGAAAAAGCGAGCCAAGUCACGUUCCCAUUCUCGUGACAGCUCUCCAUCGAAACGACCGGAUCGCAAUCAUCAAUCGCGUGAGGAUAAGCACGACAACAAGAAGGAUAAGAACCGCUACGAAGACUCCAGUCGCGAUCGUUCCGAUCGCAGGGGAGACGAUCGCUAUGGACACUAUCAACAUCAGCAGCAGCAGCAACAACAACAACCACCACAACAACAGAAGGAUCGUGAGGAACGCGGAGUUAAUCGUGUGGAUCGCUACGGUAAAGGUGAGGAGAGGGAACGUAGAAGUCGAUCAAGGAACCGCCGUCGAAAUAGGUCGGAAGAAAGAGAUAAGUCAAAGUCUAGAUCUGUGUCUAGGGGAAGGAAUCGGUCCAAAUCGGUGUCGAUCGAUCGUGCUAGGCGGAAUAGGGUGCAAGACAAGCGCGACAGGAGCCUAGAGAAGGCGAAGGAUAAAAAGAGAGAUAAAUCUCCGCGGAAGGAAGACGGAGAUAAGAGAUCGAAUAGGAACCGAUCCAGAACAAGAUCCGGCAGUAGGAAACGGGAAGAGCCGAAGACGAAGGACAAGCGCCGUGAUCGCAGCCGAUCGAAUAGUGUGAAGAAAGGUGAAAACAAAUCCAAGGAGAAGCGACGCGAUCGCUCCAGAUCCGCCAGCAAGAAGCGGGAUGAGACCAAAGUGAAGGAUAAACGUCGAGAAAGAUCAAGAUCCGCUAGCCGACCGAAGGAACCAUCCAAAGACAAGCGUCGCGACAAAUCCAAGGAACGUAAAGAACGUAAAAAGUCUGAAACCCCGGAGCGAAGAAGACGCGAACGGAGCGACAGUCCGAGAAGAAGGGCUAGCAAGUCUCCCGUGAAGCCCAAGAAGAGACAUGAGUCUCCUGUUGCGAAGAGCUCCCGGAAAAAGUCCCGAUCGCCAUCUCCGAAGCGCAACAGACGAGAUCAUGAGUCUCCUGUUGCAAAGACUUCUCGGAAUAAGUCGCGAUCACCGUCACCGAAGCGUGACAGAAAGCGUUACGAGUCUCCUGUUCCGAAAAGCUCACGGAAAAAGUCGCGAUCGCCGUCUCCCAAGCGUAACAGAAAAGAUCACCAGUCCCCUGUUGCAAAACCUUCACGGAAAAAGUCACGAUCGCCGUCUCCAAAACGAAACAGACGAGAUCAUGAGUCUCCUGCUACAAAGCCUUCACGGAAAAAAUCACGAUCGCCAUCUCCCAAGCGCGAAAGACGAGAUCUUGAACCGCCUGUUGCGAAGACUUCACGCAAAAUGUCGCGAUCGCCGUCUCCUAAGCGCGACAGACGGGAUCGUGGGUCUCCUGUUGCGAAGCCUUCUCGGCAAAAGUCGCGAACGCCAUCUCCAAAGCGAGACCGAAGGGACCGUUCAAAGUCUCCCGCUACUAUCAGCAAAAAUCAUCGUUCAAGAUCCCCAACAACGUCUCGAAAGGAACGAUCAUCUGUAGACAACCGUAGGAAUCGGACCAAAUCUCCAACGGAAAAACGCAAGAAGCGUUCUCCGUCUCCUUCGAGAUCACGACAAGACCGGUCAAAAUCGCCAGCGAAAAAACAUCGUGAACGCUCUCGAUCAAUGGAUCAAUUGAGCAAACCAUCAACCAGUUCCGCGUUGAAUACCCGGAAGGAGCGUUUGAAGUCCCCGACUGAGAAGCGCAAGAAGCGAUCGAAUUCAAAGGAAAAAUCGACCAAGACGCGAUCAAGAUCGCCUGCCCCUAUCCAGAAACCUUUGGACAGCAAAAAAACGCGAUCCAAGUCUCCAGAAGCUAAGAAAUCUUCUCGCAAACCUAGUCCGGAGAAGCCUCUCCGGAAGCCAAUAUCACCUGCUGUUCCACCGAAGCGUGAAUCUAAUACUCCGGUCGAACAAAGAAAGGAAGAUCGGAAACGUUCAGUUUCCGCUUCCAAUGAUUCGUCGGAUUCUUCGGAUCUUAGCUACUCUCCUGCACAACGUGAUCCAGAACGUUACCGUGAUAUUCUGGAAGGAAGACCGGUCGAGAAGAAGUCACCGGUGCUGCGAUCGGUGUCCAAAGAGCGUCGACGAUCAUCUUCAUCUUCAUCCGAGGAUGGAUCUUCGCCGAAAACAGCGAAAGAUUUCUUGAAAAAGACAUCCAAACUAUGUCGUGACCGUAGUCCCCCUCCGCCCCCUGUGGAUCGCAAAUCCAAAUCGCGUUCAAAAUCACCCCCCAAGAAGCGCCGAUUUGAAACUCCACCACUGGAGACUCCUGUCGCCAAAAAUAAGGAGGCUCGAUCACCCAUAACAAAGAAGCGCAAGGAUCGUUCACCAUCGCCUGGAACCUCCAAGAUCGUGGAGCCUACUCCAAACGAUCGUGAUCGUACUCGUUCUCCAGAAGCUCCUCCGAAGCGAUCGCCGCCCGCAACGUCUGAAAAGGUCAAGCAAUCAAGCAAGAGACCCAAGAAGAAGCAAGUUCAAGUUCAACAACCGGUCGUCAAACUGCAGUCGCCUGCUUCUUCGUCGACUGAGUCGGAUAGCGACUCUCAAUAUCCACAAGGAAAAUCCAAGCAGGGUGAUCAUUUGGAUGCUUUCCUACCGACCUUCGGGGAUAAUCGCGAGGAUCAGGACCUGUCGUUGUUGAAGGCCCUGAAAAACGACCUGGCUGUGAAGGCCAAGCAGUGUCUGGAGAAGAAGAAAUCCGUUUCGGAGCAAUCUGGCAAGGGUGAUCCGACGGAUGUAGGUCUUCCUAGAGUAGGCGAAAGCCGGGAACGGAACAUACAGAUCCAGCAGGCUAAGAUGGCUUCCCUGGUGGCUGCCAGCAGCUCCACGAUUGGCAGCGGUAUUGAGUUCAGCACAGAGACUACAGUUCCGGAGGAGCCGACGCCGAAGAAAGAGGUGGCUACUGCUUCCACGAGUAGUGAAAUCAAUACCAGCCAGAUCAAGAAGGAUAUUCACGAUAUUUUGACAACGGUUGGUGCGUGCCGGAUGGACGAAGGAAGCAGCUCGGCAGCCAAUUUGACCAAAAGCACGAUCCUCAAUGCUGUGGAUAGUAUUCUGAAGGAGAAAAUUCCCGGAGCAAUUGAGUCAGCGAACCCGCGUAAGUCCCGCAGUGCGUCCAGGUCACGGUCUAGAUCGCGAUCGCACAGAUCCCGCAGCUACAGCAGCUCCAGUUCCGCUUCCCGUAGUUCCCGCUCCCGUAGCCAUUCGUCGCGAUCGAGAUCGCGCUCCAGCCGCGGGAGCAGUCGUUCGCGAUCACGCAGCAGUACUUCCCGGUCUCGAUCGAGAUCCGUACCGCCACGUCGCACCACCAAGUCCCGGUCGCCAUCCAUACCACGCCGGGCAGGGUCGCCAAGUUUUCUCGAUCGCCGCCGGAUCACCAGUGCUCGGAAGCGUCCCAUUCCGUAUCGUCGUCCAACACCGUCGUCGAUGUCCAGCGGCAGCAGCUACAACAGUCGUAGCCGCUCUCGUUCCAGAAGUCGCAGCAAAAGCAUGUAAUGCCCCAUCACCAACUAAUAAUCUCCCUCUCAUUACUCAUCACGAAAGCGGAGUGAUCUCAACUAACUGCAGAAAUAAAAUAAUGCUAACUUCAAAACCCAAACACUACAAUGCACGAUUCAUGUCUAAAUAUGAAAAAAAAAAACAACAACCAAGUUGAAGGAAAAACCCAACUGAAAAUCAAAAACAAUCAACUGAAAGCAAAUACUCUCUCCGUGCGUUUGAAAAGAUGAUAUUAUCGAAUGAAUAACAAAAUCGAUGAAACGAAACUAUGCAUGGAUCUCAUCUGAAGCAAAUUUUUAAGUGUGAUCUAUUCUGUUGGAAAAAAAAUAUCUAAUUUCGAAUUACUCGGUUUGAUCUCAUUAUGAAACUAAAACUAGUCAUUUUUCUGCUUCUGGAUUGAAGCUUGUAGAAUAGGGAAGCAAAUGUUCAUUCACUUUUAGUCACUCCUUUCAGGUGCAAUUUAAAUCCAAUUCUGUGUCAGAAUGUGUUGUUAUUUUUUCGUUUGUUUAUUUAAUUUAUUUUGCCUAUUUAUUUGUCUCCCAUUAGUCAUAUCAUGCGUGCAAAAUGCAUUCUUUUACCUUACCUUCACAACAGCAAGUAUUCAUUGGUCAAUACAAUGUGAUUAACAAAAUGUACUAAAA